AUGCAUGUUAAUGCUACCGGGAUGCAUGUUAGCUCUAAUGGAGAUGAUGUUAGUUCUAUUACGAGGCAUGUUAGUUCGCAUGUUAGCUCUAAUGGAGAUGAUGUUAGUUCUAUUACGAGCCCUCAGGUUUUACUUGGUUUGCAGCACUCACUCUAUGGCUACGAGCCGGAUAAUUUAGAGCUAUUUUUGCCAUCUUGUAUAGACACUCCAACAAUUCUCUCACGUGAGGCAACAAUGGAAGAAGAUAAAGGCCAGGACCAUGAUCUACUAUCUACAACAUGGCUUCCCCCUCAGGCAUCCGAGCAUGAGGAGAAUGGUGAUGAGCUUAUGGGCGUUGAAAAUGGUGAAGAUAAUUUAAACAGCGUUGAUCCAUAUAUCGGAAUGGAGUUCUCUACUCAUGAGGAAGCUUAUAAUUUCUACAAUGCAUACGCCAGACUUAAGGGAUUUGGUGUUCGCAAGGGUCACACAGCUUGGUCGAGAAAGAAAGAUGCAAUCCUAUCUAGAAUAUUUGUAUGUGACAAAGAAGGCUUUAAAUCUUUAAAAGAUAAAAGAGAAGAUGGUCGGAAUGUAAUUCGAAAGUUCGAUACAAGAUGUGGAUGCAACGCAAGGAUGGUUAUUGGACUUGAUAGAAGCACUGAAAAAUGGGUGGUCCGAAAGUUAAACAGUAAGCAUAAUGGUCAUCCAUUAACCACCCCAACUCGGGUAAAGAAGCACUACUCACAUCGGACACUUCAUCGAGCUCAAUCGACAAAAAGGUUGAUAGAUACUCUUGACAAUCAAGGUUUACGGCCUUCUGCCAUUUGUAAGGUUGUAGACGUUGCUCAUGGCAAUGAACAAGGCUCUCUCACUCAACAAGAAUGCCAAGCACAACUUAGACUUAAACGAAGAAACAACGUCGGCCAUGAGUGCGUGAACAUAGUUCGUCAAUUUCAAGAGAAAAAGGUAUCUGAUCCUCAAUUUUACUUUGCACUUGAUUUAGAAAAUGAUGGGACGAUGAGAAGUGUUUUUUGGAUGGAUGGUAGGGCGAGGACUUCUUACUUGCAAUUUGGAGAUGUUGUUUGCUUUGAUGUUACGUAUAGAACGAACAAUUUAAAAUUGCUGUUUGUACCAGUUACGGGUGUUAACCAUCAUCGACAAUCUACUCUAUUUAGGUGUGCGUUAUUGGCUGAUGAAACGGAGGAGACGUUUAUAUGGUUAUUUAGCCAAUGGUUAAAAUGUAUGUCGGGUAUAGCACCAGUAACAAUCAUCACUGAUCAAGAUAAAGCUACGUGUGGUGCAAUUCACAAAGUUUUUCCUAAAACUCACCAUCGCUUUUGUUCUUGGCACCUUUGUAGGAAUGCCUUACAAAAUCUUCAAUCAAUGCAUAAUGAUUAUGGUGAGGAUGUUUCUAUAAAGUAUAACAAAUGGUAUUGGAGUAAAUCGGAAGAAAAAUUUGAAAAGCGUUGGGAAGAAAUGAGGGACAAAUAUGGUGCAGAUAAAAAGAGUUGGAAUGACAUCUACUCAGCAGAAGCUCGCCGAGCUGCUGAACUUGAGCAAGAUUUUAAGUCCACAAACUCAGUUCCUACAUUGAUAAUUGAACAUCCCAUUGAAAAACAAGCUCGGGAGAAUUAUACGAAGAAUUUGUUUACUAUCUUUCAGAAAGAAAUCAAGGAUAGUUACUCCAUGCUUCAUGAAAAGUUGUCGAAGGACGGCGCAAGUGCUACUUAUGCCAUUUGGAAUAUAGAUAGCGAGGCUGAAAGCAAGAAGAUAGUAAAGCAUCAUGUUGUUUUCGAUACAUCCAAAGAAAAAAGAAUUAAGUGCUCUUGUGCGAGAUUUGAGAUGGAAGGUAUAUUAUGCAAACAUAGCUUGCACAUUUUAGUAAAGAAGCAAGUAUUAGAAAUUCCAUCAAGAUAUAUCAUGCAACGAUGGACAAUUAAAGCAAGACAUGUUGGUUGCGGAGUUGUUAGAAAUUGCAUUACAAAUAGUGAAGACCAACUAUCUAUCAUUAAACAUUGGGCCCUUAGGAGUAGAUGUAACAAGGCACUAGAAGAUACAUUGACUUCAAGUACACUUCAUGAUAAGUUUAGUGCUUUUUUAGACUCAUUUUUUGAAGAAGUUGAGAAUUCCAAGAUUGAGAAGGAACAUAACGACAAUGGAAAUGAGAGCAAUGCCAGCAAUAAGAUGCCUACUUCAUCCAUACCCAUCUCUAUAGAGGAAGCAACUCAAAUCACUAUUCGUGAUCCAGAUAAGCCUGUUGCCACGAAGGGAUGA